AUGGACGUUGACAGCAGCAAGCAGCCCCCGCUCCCGCAGAUCCAGCCCUGUAGGUACAAGGUUGGCAAAACCCUGGGAGCUGGCUCCUAUUCCGUGGUCAAGGAGUGCGUCCACAUCGACACUGGCCGGUAUUAUGCCGCCAAGGUGAUUAACAAGCGACUGAUGGCAGGCCGUGAGCACAUGGUUCGAAACGAAAUCGCCGUGCUCAAAAAGGUCUCCAUGGGCCACCGCAACAUCCUCACCCUCGUCGACUACUUCGAGACCAUGAACAACCUGUACCUGGUGACGGACCUGGCCCUGGGCGGCGAGCUCUUCGACCGCAUCUGCCGCAAGGGGUCGUACUACGAGUCCGACGCGGCCGACCUCAUCCGCGCCACCCUCUCGGCGGUGGCGUACCUGCACGACCACGGCAUCGUCCACCGCGACCUCAAGCCCGAGAACCUGCUGUUCAGGACGCCCGAGGACAACGCGGACCUGCUGAUUGCCGACUUUGGCCUGUCGCGCAUCAUGGACGAGCACAAGUUCCACGUGCUGACGACGACGUGCGGCACGCCGGGCUACAUGGCCCCCGAGAUCUUCAAGAAGACGGGCCACGGCAAGCCCGUCGACCUCUGGGCCCUCGGCGUCAUCACCUACUUCCUCCUCUGCGGCUACACCCCCUUCGACCGCGACUCGGACUUUGAGGAGAUGCAGGCCAUCCUCAGCGCCGAGUACAGCUUCGCCCCCGUCGAGUACUGGCGCGGCGUCUCCGGCCACGCCAAGGACUUUAUCCGCCGCUGCCUCACCAUCGACCACGCGAGGCGCAUCACCGCCCACGAGGCCCUGCAGCACGCCUUUGUGGCCCGCCAGCAGCCCGCCGACGGGGCCGGCGCCGGCGAGAACCUGCUGCCCACCAUCAAGAAGAACUUCAACGCCCGCCGCACCCUGCACGCCGCCAUCGACACCGUCCGCGCCAUCAACAAGCUGCGCGAGGCGCAGCAUCUCAUGGACGGCGCCCGCUCCCGGGAACCCGAUCGCGGGUCCGCGCCGCACCGCAAAGACGCCGACGCCGACGCCGACGUGCCUCUCUGCAAGGAAGACAGCGGGUACGGCACGCAGCACGACUCGGACGUGGCCAUGCGCGACGCCCAUUCCACACCGCUCCCCUCGACGACGACGACGACGACGACGACGACGACGACGACGACGACGACGACGACUGUGCCCGCCUCGCUACAGCCCGGCAACCAAGCAAACAAGGUUAUCCAGACGAGCAGGGGCCUAUGGAGCAGCCCUACGUCAAACAGAUAG